AUGUCCGGGACAGAUUACAACUACGAUGAACAGGGCCAGUUCUUCCCCUACUUCAUCCUUACCGUUACCACUCUCGUCACCGUUCCGACUACAGUUUCAUUCUUCAGAUCAAGCAAAGAGCUCGAAAACACUGGAUCGCGGAUAGAGUCUGACUUCACCCCCGAACAUGCCGAUCUCAUCCAAGGACAGCGCAAGAAGCAGAAGCGACUCGAGAGGAGGAUAAAGCGGGGUCUUCUCAUGGUGGGCGGAUGGGCGAUGAAUGCCGCCAUGAUAUACCUCAUCAGCACUACUACACGGAGUACGCCUGAUAUCUGGGAUCCCUAUGAGGUGCUGGGUGUCUCUACGGGCGCCGAUGAGAGGGCGAUCAAGAAGCACUACCGAAAACUGUCCCUCACUAUGCACCCCGAUAAGGCACGCCCAGACCCCGAGAAGAACAUUACCAUACAAUCCAUCAACGACCACUGGGUCGACGUCGUGAAGGCGUUCAAGGCUCUUACCGACGAAGAGAUCCGCCGGAACUUCCUCGAAUUCGGUCACCCAGAUGGCAAGCAAAGUUUCAGCAUCGGCAUUGCGCUACCUCAAUGGCUCGUGACGGAAGGAGCUGGCAAAUACGUCCUGCUCAUCUAUGCGCUCGCCCUCGGUGUCAUUCUCCCAUACACGGUCGGAAAGUGGUGGUACGGAACACAGAAGCUGACCAAGGAUAAAGUCCUGGUAGCCAGCGCUGGCAAGGUUUUCCGCGAUUACGACAACGACCAAGGCGAGGUGGGUGUCAUACACGCGCUCAGCAGCGGAGAGGAGUUCAACGAAGUUCUCACUGGACACAAAGCGGAGAAUGGUCUUUCGAAGCUCGAACAGAAGGUCCUCUCUGAGAACUCUGGAUCUCUCAUUGCGCAAACACUCACCAAGAAGGACCGACAGAAGCUAGACGAUCUGGAGGACAGCCGGCGACGCAAGGUUCUGACUUUGUUGUGGGCAUACCUUGGCCGCGUUGAACUGGACGACGAGACUCUGAACGACGAGAAGUUCGAGGUCGCGCCAAUCGCACUCCGACUCAAUGAAGCUUACACCGCCAUCGCUCUCGCAUACGGCAACACCAAGGCGAUACUAUCGGCUUACAGGACCUCUCAGAAUCUCAUCCAAGCUCUACGACCAGGCGCAUCACCGCUUGAGCAGCUGCCACAUUUCACACCCGAUGUUGCCAGUGCGGCUGAGGCUGCGCGAGCAAAGUCACACUUGACCAUCCAAGAGUUCAUGCAAAUACCCGAAGCUGAACGUAAGGCUCGUGUUGUCAAGUCUGGUCUCCUAUCCCAAGAACAAUACAGCACAGCCAUGACUGUAGCCUCGCGCAUUCCAAUGUUUCAUCUGGAAAAGGCAUUCUUCAAGGUCGUUGGUGAGCGUUUUGUCACACCUAGCAGCUUGGUCCAGUUCGUACUCAAGGGUCGUUUCAUCCCGACCGCUGCCACCAACGUCCCCGAGGUCAACCCGAAGGACCUACUAGAUAUCGAUCCCGCGGAAGGCGAUGUUGCUGCAAUCACCGGACGUAAGAACGACCGUUCUGGAGAGAAGCCCAUCCAACCGCCUCUAGCAUUCGCUCCAUACUACGCUCGCGACCACGCGCCAAGAUGGCAUGUAUUCCUUGCAGACAGCAAGCAAGGACGUAUUGCAGUACCACCAUUCACUUUCUCGACUUUCGACAAGCCCAUCCUUGACGAGAGCGGUAACCCCACCUACAAUGUACAGACUCUCAAGAUGCAGUUCGGCGCACCACCACAGCCUGGCAGCUACACCUUCGUCAUGCACAUGAUCUGUGAUAGUUACAUCGGCAUGGACACCAAGAUGGAGGUUACCCUUGUUGUCGAGGAUGCCAGUAAAGCGGAAGAGGUAGAAGAGGAAGACGAGAUCAGCGAACCAGAAGAGGAUUCAUUGGCAGGCCAAAUGCACCAAAUGAAGACCGGAGCCCCACCAAAGAAGCGGAAACAGAUCACCAAUGACGACAGCAGCGGCAGUGACACCGAAGGCGACGUCGAAUCCGAGAGUGAAACCGACACUGACACCGACUCGGAUGAUGAGUAG